GAGUCCAGCUGCUGCCCCCUCUCCUCCUGGCACACCGGCAGUGGCAGCUCCACCCUCUCCAGCUGCCCCUCCCUCAGCCAAAGAUGCUGCCAAGGGCUCUGUUGCUGCCUCAGCUGCCACUCCAACUCCCCCCACCCCAGCUCCAGCCGCCCCACCUGCAGCCAAAACCACUCCCAAGAGCCCAGUUGCUGCUCCCCCAUCCCCUGCCACCCCAGCUCCACCAGCUCCAGCUGGCCCCCCAGCAGCCAAAACACCCCCAAAGAGCCCUGCCAAAGCCACCCCAGCUCCAGCCACCCCCACUGAGGACAAGGCACCCCCAAAGAGCCCUGCCAAAGCCACCCCAGCUCCAGCCACCCCCACUGAGGCCAAAACACCCCCAAAGAGCCCUGCCAAAGCCACCCCAGCUCCAGCCACCCCCACUGAGGACAAGGCACCCCCAAAGAGCCCUGCCAAAGCCACCCCAGCUCCAGCCACCCCCACUGAGGCCAAAACACCCCCAAAGAGCCCUGCCAAAGCCACUCCAGCUCCAGCUUCCCCUGGAGCAGCCCAAAAACCUCCCAAGGGCAGCCCCAUCACUGCCCCAUCCACUCCUGUGGCUCCAGCUGCCCCUGCUGAGGCCAAGACACCCCCAAAGAGCCCUGGCAAAGCUGCCCCUGCUGAGGCCAAAGCACCCCCAGAAAGCCCCGUUACAGCCACCCCAGCUCCAGCUGCCCCUCCAGCAGCCAAAACACCCCCAAAGAGCCCUGCCAAAGCCACCCCAACCCCUGCAGCUGAGGCCAAAACACCCCCAAAGAGCCCUGCCAAAGCCAGCCCAGCUCCAGCAGCCUCUCCUGAGGCCAAGGCACCCCCAAAGAGCCCUGCCAAAGCUACCCCAGCCCCUGCUGAGGUCAAAACACCCCCAAAGAGCCCUGCCAAAGCCACCCCAACCCCUGCAGCUGAGGCCAAAACACCCCCAAAGAGCCCUGCCAAAGCCACCCCUGCUCCAGCCACCCCUGCCGAGGCAAACACCUCCAGCUCCUGCCCAAGUGCCUCCCAAGAGCCCUGCUACAGCCACCCCAGCUCCUAGUGCCCCUCCAGCAGCCAAAACACCCCCAAAGAGCCCUGCCAAAGCCACCCCAGCUCCAGUGGCCCCUGCUGCAGCCAAAGGACCCUCAAAAAGCCCUGCUGAGGCCAAAGCACCCCCAGAGAGUCCUGUCAAAGCCACCCCAGCUCCAUCUACCCCUGCUGAGGCCAAGGCACCCCCAAAAAGCCCUGUCAAAGCCACCCCAGCUCCAGCCACCCCCACUGAGGACAAAACACCCCCAAAAAGCCCUGUCAAAGCCACCCCAGCUCCAUCUACCCCUGCUGAGGCCAAGGCACCCCCAAAAAGCCCUGUCAAAGCCACUCCCCCUCCAGCCACCCCUGCUGCAGCCAAAGGACCCUCAAAAAGCCCUGCUGAGGCCAAGGCACCCCCAAAGAGCCCUGCAAAGGCCACUCCAGCUCCAGCAGCUCCAGCCACAGCUCCUGCUCCAGCCACGGGUGUUUCUGGUGCCCCUCCAAAGCCCCCAACCCCCGCCAAAGCAGACGCCGGCCGUCCUGGCUCUGCCCCGAGCGCUCCCCCUGCCAAGAAGCAGCAGCCCCCCGCCAAUGACAAGGUGGCCAAGCCGGCCGCUCGCCCCCCCUCGAAAGCCCCGCCCGGCGCUGACGAUGAGGACCUGCCGCCUCUGCUCCCCCCCGAGCCGCCCGUGCUGCUGGAGCUGUCCCCGCCCGCGGGGGUCCCGGCCCCCCUGGCGCCGCAGCCCGUCCUCAAGAAUGACAAGGGUAUUUUGCGGCCGCGGUUUGCCGUGUGCAUGGAGUGUCACUGGCUGCCCACGGGGUACUAACCGCGCCCGGGGCCGCGGCGUGCCGGGCUAGAGCGAGCCGAGCAGCCGGUGAGCCGGGGCACGGGGAGGGACGGGGCUGGGCGCGGUGCCGGCGGUCACUAACGCGUGUCCUCGGGCACGGAGCACGGUGUGGUUUGUGGCAUGGGCACCGCGAGCUGAGCUGGCUUCACACGGAGGAGCUGCCACGUGCCUGUCCCUGCUGUGUGUGGUGCCCACGUGGUGUCCCCGUGGCCGGCUGGCGGCGGAAGGGGGGCAGUGGGCAGUGUUGGUGCCAAACUGGGCUGUCCCCACGCUAUGCCUGAAGUGUUGGGAGCCCUGGGCACACCCUGACGCCUGCAGAGAGCUUUGCCAGGGCUCCUGUGUGCCGUGGGCACAGAGGAUUGAAUCCAGGUAAUGGCUGCACGGGAGCAUCGUGGUCGCCUCCAGGUGACCUCUGGCCUCCGAGGCUGGGGACACCCAGCUCUGCUUCGAUAACUGGUGUGGUCGGUGACGUGGGUUACAAGUGGUGGUGGCACUCUGGGCACCCAGAGGUGCUGUUCCCUGGGAGGGGUUCGGGCUUAUCCCAGAUCAUCCCUGUAGUGAAGCCACGGAUGUGCAGCAGCCCUGAGGGCUCGGUGAGUCGGGUCUCGGUGCCAUGUGUCAGCUCUGGGUUUGAGGGGAGUCAAGAGGGGCUCUGUCACACUGGGCUGCUGCCACCUCAGCACCCUGGGAGUGCCACCCACCUCCUCCUCGAGCCGGUGCCACAGGCUGGAGCUACCUUGGGAUUCAUUCCAGAGCCUCCGGGCACCUCUGGGGCUCUGGCACCCGGCUCCCACCAUGGGCCGAGGCUGAGGACCCAUUCGUGCCACCCUGCUGAUGCCAUUUGGGGCACAGUGGGAGCUCCUGAUGGCACUCAGAGUGCAGGGAAUGCCCCAUCCACCACCUAACUGGGCUGACUGGUGGCUUCACUGGGAGCCAGCAGCAAAGGCCUGUGUGCCCUGGACCUACCUGAGGUGGGAAGAGUGAGGGGUGUGUGUCU